GCUCCCAGAGCGCUCGGCGCUGGUUGUCCUUUAAGAGCGAAGCAGAAUGCCAGGGGAGCGCCCAGAGACCUGUGGAGGUCACGGCCGUCUGCUAUAUUUACCGGCUCUGUAACCCGAUCCGUGGCAUUCUGCACAGCUGCGCUCACACCGUCUUUCCUCUGGGUCCACAGUGUCCUGAGCAGCGCCCCUACUGCUUUCUCUCCGCAGACCCAACCGCUCAGAACAACAAGGGGUGGAAGCGUUGGGUGGCGACCGUAGGAUGAGCUGCCCCCAAAGCCACGGAGUCGGCGGCGACUGACGCACACUGCCACCUAAACAGCAGUCAAUGCAGUCUUCCAGAGGCACUCCCCCCCCUGUGGCCUGGAAAGCAGCAGCAUGUCCCGCAUCUCCUCCACCCCCAAACGCUAUGCAGGCUCCUCCUACACCAGCCACUACAGCUCCUACGGCUCCUCCGUGACCCCGGGCCUUAGCUCCUACGGCGAGCGGGACCGACUGUCCUCCUACAAGUCUCCGACCUCCUCAUCCUCCUCAGGAUACACAUCCAGCUACCUGAGCAGCUCCACCUUCCGCGACCGUAACUACAGUGCCUCCUCAGAGCCUGACAGAGACCGGGGCCGAACCAUCCCACGUACCGACAUCCUCGGGAGCAGCAGCAGCUACAGACGGAGCGAGAGCCUCAGCCGAACCCCCGCCAGGAGCUAUGGAGCUGCAGGGCUGAGCGGGGGGUCGGCCUACUCAGGCUACAGCUAUACUUCGUCCUUAGCCCCGUCCAGCUACCUCGCUUCUUCACCGGCAGCCUCCAGCAUCUCACUGAACAGAAGAAAAUCUGUUUCCCAGAGUGACCUGAGCAGAGACUUGUCCUCUCUGAGCCUCAGCAAUGCUUCCUCCUCCACCCCGUCCUCCUCCACCAGUGCCCUGCAGAGCUACCGCAGUCGUACUAAGGAGGAGGCGGGGUCGUACGACGCAGGCUCCAGACCGGGCUGCUCCAACCUGCCUCGGAGUUCCACCCAGGAGGCCUUCAGCAGCAGCAGCAGAGUUAUCAGCUCCUCCCUAUGGGAACCCAGCAGCAGCAGCCUGUCCGACAGCGCGAGCAGAAAGCCCACAAAUUCAAAGAGCGCCCAGGGGCUGGUAGGACUGAAGAACUUAGGAAAUACUUGUUUCAUGAACAGCAUCCUGCAGUGUCUGAGCAACACACAGAGCCUGCGUGACUACUGCCUGCACAACUCGCACCGCAGAGACCUUAAUAACAACAGCCGCACCAACACAGCCCUCAUGGAAGAGUUUGCAAAGCUGAUCCAGACCAUGUGGACGUCGACCAGCAGCGAGGCCGUCAGCCCGUCCGAAUUCAAAACGCAGAUCCAGAGAUACGCUCCCAGAUUCGUGGGAUACAACCAACAGGAUGCCCAGGAGUUCCUGCGCUUCCUGCUGGACGGCCUGCAUAACGAGGUCAACAGGGUCACUGUGAGGCCCAGAGGCACCGUGGAGGAUUUCGACCACCUGCCGGAUGAAGAAAAGGGGAAGAAAAUGUGGAGUAAAUAUUUGGAGCGAGAGGACAGUAAGAUAGUCGAUCUGUUUGUGGGGCAGCUGAAGAGCUCCCUGACCUGCAGCCACUGUGGUUUCUGCUCCACUGUGUUCGAUCCCUUCUGGGAUCUGUCUCUGCCUAUUGCCAAGAAGGGCUACGGCGAGGUCAGUCUGAUGGACUGCAUGCGGCUCUUCACCAAAGAGGACGUCCUGGACGGAGAUGAGAAGCCGACGUGCUACAGAUGUAAAGCCAGGAGGAGGUGCACCAAGAAGUUCACAAUACAGAAGUUCCCCAAGAUCCUGGUGCUCCACCUGAAGCGCUUCUCUGAGGCACGACGAACCAGCAAACUGUCCACCUUCGUUAAUUUCCCCAUGAAGGACCUCGACCUCCAAGAGUUUUCCUCUGAAAACAGCACAAAUGCAGUAUACAACCUUUAUGCAGUGUCCAACCACUCAGGCACCACCAUGGGAGGCCACUACACCGCCUACUGUCGCAACCCCAGCUCAGCAGAGUGGUACACCUUUAAUGACUCCAGGGUAACGCCAAUGUCGUCCAGCCAAGUACGCAGCAGCGACGCCUACGUCUUGUUCUACGAGCUGUCCGCCUCCUCGCGGAUGUGAGGAUCCCUGAUGGACCGCCUGCUGCGGCUGACGCACACAUGGAGGGACGGAUGCACCUGAACAUUGGCUCCUAACAGCAGCUGGAGAGGAGGACCCGCGGCCCCCCUGGGAGGACCCGUGGCCCCCGGGAGGACCUGCGGCCUCCAGCUGUUUUCUGUCUGCGUGUGCGUGUUUGUGUGUGAUGCGCAGCGACAACAGGGCAAUAACCUCGAUGCACGGACUGCUCCAUGUCAGACGUCCCUCUCUAUGCACUGCAAACGAACAGUUAGCCCCCCCUGAACAUGUCGCCCUCUGGUGGCCAACAGUCACAGCGCAGUUUUAAUCUGGUUAAUCAGCAGGACUGGUUGAGGUUUCAGAGCCUGCAGCUCAGCCUGGAGUCCUCCACAGCGCCCCCUACCCCUGCACUGCAGCACUCCCAUGUCUGCCGGCGUCUCUUUCGCUCCGAUGGCCGAGCUUUUAAUGUUUCACUUUUUAGUGUUUUUUUUCUCCCGACGCUUCACUGCGUGCUGUGAAGCAACGAGCGGACGGACGCGACGACGGAGGAUCCGACGGUCGCGGCGACCGCCUCUUUUCUUCCUCUCUUGUUUCGUACCAUUGAACACGGAAAGAAUGUUUUCAAGAAAAUGAAAAACUAUAUCUGUAUAUUUUUAUAUCUUGAUGCAAUACAGAGAAUGUAGAAUUCAAUGGUGCUGAAAACGACCCAUAACUGUCCUUAGAUGGUUCAUUUCCCAGGUUCCAAGAGAGAAAAAAGACGUUUUUAUUUAUGCUUUGGGUGAUGAUGAGAUGAGCCUCUCUCUCUAACAUUGGCAGCAGUGUGAGUGUGUAUAAAUAUAUAUACACACCAAUAAAAUCCAGCAACUCAGCAGUU